AUGGCGACUGUUACGCAGACUGAUACGAGGUCAGAGACCUUUGAGCUUCGCAGCUCACCCAGCCCGACGCGGGAUGUACUCCAAGACCCUCAACCCCCGCGUUCAUCGAAACCAAGCACCAGCGAACUCCUCAAGAUCUUCAGCGCUGGAUUCAGUUUCUUCGUCGCUGGCGUUAACGACGGAAGCAUCGGUGCCUUAGUCCCCCAUAUAAUCCGAGAUUACAACGUCACUACCGCAAUCGUCUCAUCAGUUUACGGCGCCAACUUUAUGGGCUGGUUCUUCGGCGCCUUCUCCAACACACAUCUCUGCCAAUUCUUCGAUCUCGGCUCAAUGCUCACGCUUGGCGCUGUUCUACAAGUCAUCGCCCACGCGCUCCGGUCAUGGAAACCCCCCUUUCCGCUGUUCACUAUCACGUUCUGGCUUGCGAGUUUGGGGCAGGCGUAUCAGGAUACACAUGGGAAUACGUAUGUUUCUGGAGUGAAGGGGUCUCAUCGGUGGCUGGCAUUUAUUCAUGCGAUGUACAUGGCUGGAUGUCUUGUUGGACCUUUUGUGGCGACGGGUGUUGCUUCUGCGGGGAGUGUGUCAAGAUGGUAUCUUUUCUACACGUUCCCGCUCGGCAUUGGUGUUCUGAACGUCGCAAACGACGAUGCAUUCUCAUUGAUGAAGGAGACGUUGAAGAACAAAAACGUCUGGUUUAUUAGUCUUUUCUUCUUCUUCUUCCUCGGCGCAACACUUACAGCUAGUGGGUGGGUUGUCGAGUAUUUGGUCGAGGUUCGCAACGGUGACAUUAAUCAGAUGGGUUUUGUACCGGCUGGCUUCAGUGGAGGAUCUCUACUUGGGAGACUGUUUCUUGCGGAACCUACACAUCGGUUUGGAGUUCGUCCGAUGAUAUUUGCCUUCACGAUUCUCAGUAUCGGAUUGCAAGUUUUAUUUUGGCUGGUUCCCAACAUCAUCGCCGCUUCCAUCGCCAUCAGUCUACUCGGCUUCUUCAUGGGCCCAUACUUUGCCACCGGUAUAUCCGUUGGCUCGAAACUGUUCAAUCCCCGUAUUCAAUCAACAGCUUUGGCAUUUGUCUUCGUCUUUGCGCAGCUCGGAGGCUGUCUGUUCCCCAUCAUCACUGGUCUCAUCGCCGCCAGCGCCGGAGUCUCAAUUCUUCAGCCUGUUCUUUGUGCACUCUUGGUCGCCACGAGCGUUUCCUGGCUGUUUGUUCCGAUGCCCAAGGAGGGUGACAAUCCGACGCUGCACCAGGAGUAA